AUGUCAAAAGUGCAAGCAGGACUGGCACACUUUCUACAUGAGGCUAGUUCUUCAGAUUUAGAGAUACACUACUCUGAAGGCCAUGAGGAGAACGAAAUGGUCGGUAAUGCAACAGAUUUCAUAGUUGGAAUAAGCAGUGUGAAGAUCCUUUAUCUAUCUGCCGAGACUCUUGAGGUACUUACUUACUGUUGUGAAGCAAUACCGCUCUUCAUCAAUCUGACUCGUUUAACUGUUGAGAGUAAACCGGAAAUUGGAUGGCAAUCAUUGCCGGGUCUGCUCAAGAACUCUCCAAAUCUGGAAACUCUUGUCUUGCAGGGACUCGGCCACAAAGCCACAGUUAGAUGCGGAGACAUGUGCUUGUGCGAACCUUUUGAGGAGGAGAUGGAAGAAGAAGAAGAGAUUCCUCCUUGUUGCUUAUCAUCAAGUCCUGUGAAGGUGCUGAAGAUAUUGAAGUUCGGUAAAAUCUAUGAUGAUGAGAUAGAGCAAGUCAAGCUUUUUCUAGAGAUGAUGCCGAAUCUUGAGCAACUAAUAAUACACUGUGAUGAAUCAUUUGGUAAAGAUUUGGUUGAGGUGUCAAACCAACUUCAGAUGCUUCCUCGAGUAGCUUCACCCAAAUGCAAUGUUCAACUAAUCUCUGGUGAUGGUCACGUCAGCUUGUCGUCUACUGUAACCUCUUCAUCGAUGAAAUGA